CGAUCCACGCAGUACGGCUGGCAUUGAGCUGCUGUGUGUUUACAUGAUUACCUAGAAACGAUGUUGGAGAAUCCGUUUACGAAAUCCGGUUUUGGGAGCCCCAUGUGACAGAUGAAUGAAGUUCCGAUUGUAACAAGUCGUACUGGUCGUGUUUAUUGCUGGGAACUGCUAAAUGAGUUUACGUCUUUAAGAGCUAUAAAGUCUUUGGCUGUUGUUUAUCCACGCGAUGUUUACAAACUGAGUUUGCUAUACAACACAUUUAUUUUUUCAAAAGAAGUGUGGGUAAAACGUUGUUUUGUGCUACUUUUCACCGUUGUCAAACACCAGGCAUGAAGUUAACUACAGCGUUAUUUAAAGGCCCGGGUCGUAGGCCACAAAUGGAACCUGUUCCCUUUCAAGAGAUUUUACCCCUGAAGCUGAAAGGAAGUGUGUCAGGGAAAGGAGACAAAACAUCAAAGGCUAGCUGUGUACAAGAAAUGGCAGUAAUGCUAGCAUGCCUGAAGCAAAAUGAGUUUGAUCAGGCAAUGUGCUCCAGUGAAAUUAAAAUUUUCCAAGAUUGUGUGAAGGAAUAUGAUGAAAAGAAGAAAUUGAAGGAUACACAGGAAAAGCUGGGUAUUUUAACACCUGGUGAAAGAAAUUUAAGUCACAAGCAAAUAAAUCAGUUGCUGAGAAGAUUUCCUCCUUUAUCAUAAAAUUUAUUUACGUAGAGUAAAAUAGAUAUUUGGUAAAAUUGUAAUGUAAGAUUUGAUUGCGUUGUUUGUAUAUAUAUAAUUGCUUCCAAAGGAAGUGAAUAAAAGUGUUAAAAAUUUCUAAA